UUUAAGUUGUGUUUCUAACCAGCUUUAAAAACAUGUAUGGUAAAUUAAACUAUACAAAUGUGAUAUUAGUCUUCAUAAUUAUGAUACGUAUAAAAGGGGCGUUGUCUCAAUCCUUGCCGUUGGUGCAUAUAGAAAUGGACGAAGCCGGCAUGCACAGAAAGCUAAUGUAUACGCUUCAGUUUGAUUAUCCACCGGCAAGCAUGAAUUGUGAGUUUAUUUUGUCACAACCGCUACCAGCUGGUGUCUACAUUAGCACCGAUGAACUACAGGAGCUGGAACGCCUAAAAAAACUAAGUGCAGUGUACCCCAAGUUCGUCGACAUUGAAAUCAUAACCGAGAAUGCUAAGCCAUUCAACGUGUUAUUGCGUGGCGCACCAAAGAUAACGGAGACCUUAGUACUACCCAUACAUUUUCGCUAUCAUGCUGCAAGUGAUAAGCGCUCCUUUAAUACUGUAUCAAUUGGCUUGCCUGAGCUUUUUAUAAACUGUCCGCUUCUUGAAUUGGAGCAGCACAAAUCAGAUCAGCUAUACUGCUUGAAUGAAUCACAAAGUAGUUUUGAGGAGAAGCAGACAAGUCUAGAGGCAAACGGCGAAUGCAAUUGGCAGCACAUAGACUUGGACAUUCAGCUAUUAAAGCCGCUGCGUGCCGAGAUACCUGUAGGCAAUGCCAAAGCUUAUCCAUUCAUAUUAUAUGCCACUAUAUUACUAAGCUGGGCGAUGUCUAUUUGGACUGUGCUGCGUACGCAAUCUGUGCCUAAGCGGCUUAAUCAGCAGCUUAACGAACAACGUAAUCUGAAGUCUAAUUAAAAAGAUUGUAAAUCUAUAAAGAAGAGACUAUUCAAAUUUGCUACAUUUCCUUAAAAUAACUUAAAUUAAGUCGCAGUGUUUCAUAUCAAGGUGCGUACAGACGAAGAUAGACUAGUUACCAGCUUAAUAAAUUCCAAACUUUACAACGACAUAAGCGUAGUUAUAAUUAU